CGCAGCAGUUGAUUUUCGUUCGCCGAACGCCGUGGACGCAUUGGUUAGGGAGUCGCCUCGGUUAGCAGGCCUCCUCAAAGCGCGCGCUUCGUUUUGUUCCGUUCGGUUAAAGAAUUCUUUGUUUAUUUCCGUGACUUUCUUUCGCACGCUAUCGCUUAUCUCGCUCUUUUUCCGUCCGCGUUAUUACGGUAUACAUCAGCACAGCGGACGUCGGCGUUUCUUCUCUAUACCCUUUUACAACACCUAUUUAUUCGCUGCUCCGUGUGUACAGAGCUUCGUGUAUUUCUUUUCAACGACCGAAUCGUCCACGUCGAGGAAGCUGAGCAGACAAACAGCAGCAGGAUGCCGGUCUUUCACACGAAAACCAUCGAGAGCAUCCUCGAUCCUGUUGCACAACAGGUAUCGAGGCUGGUCAUCUUGCACGAAGAGGCUGAAGAUGGAAACGCCAUGCCAGAUCUCGAGAGGCCUGUCAAGGCUGUCAGCAUGGCAGUUGCCAAUCUCGUCAAGGUUGGCAAAGAGACCAUCAACUCUUCGGACGACGCCCUGCUGAAACAAGACAUGCCGGGUUCCUUGAAACGCGUCGAAGGGGCCUCCCAUCUCCUCGAGGAGGCUUCGGUGAUGUUGAAGAACGACCCUUAUUCCAGCUCCGCCAGUAGUUAUCACAGUAGUACCACUACUACUUCUACUACUUACUCGUAUAAAAUGGAAUACAGGAAAAAGUUGAUAGAAGGCUCUCGGGGUAUACUCCAAGGCACGAGUUCGCUGCUGCUGUGUUUCGACGAGAGCGAAGUGCGAAAAAUAAUCCGCGAGUGCAAGCGCGUCCUCGACUACUUGGCAGUGGCCGAAGUGAUCGAGACCAUGGAAGACUUGGUGCAUUUCCUGAAGAAUCUUAGUCCGUGCCUUAGCAAAGUGUCCAGAGAAGUGAGCGCUCGCGAGAAGGAGCUCACCCACCAGGUGCACAGGGAGAUCCUGAUCAGGUGUUUGGACCAGGUGAAGACCCUGGCGCCGAUUCUGAUCUGCUCGAUGAAGAUCUUCAUCCACAUCAUAUCGAGCGGUGGCAAGGGAGCGGAGGAGGCAGCUGAGAACCGCAACUACUUGUCGGGACGCAUGUCCGAGGAGAUAAACGAAAUCAUCCGCGUGCUGCAGCUAACUACUUACGAUGAGGACGAAUGGGACGCCGAUCAAUUGACGGUAUUGAAGAAGGCACAGAGCGCCAUCGAGUCGCGAGUCAAGCCGGCCUUCGACUGGCUGGACAACGGCAACGCGCUCAGAGGUGGAGUAGGCGAGAAGAGCCUCAGACAGAUCAUCGAACAGGCCGGUCGAUUGGCAGACCGAUACCUGCCACCGUCGCAGGCCAAUCCGAUCUCGAAACUCUCCUCGCAGCUGACUACCAUGACGGAUGCCCUCUGCGAGCUGCGUCAGAAUGACAAAGGAACUUCGCCGCAAGGAGAAGCUCUGGCCCGCGGUAUCAAGGAGAAGGUGAACGAGCUGCGCUCGAACAUCUCGUCGGCAAUCGUUGCCGCUGACAAGUCGGGAACUGUACAGACCGCUCACACGGUAGCAGGUCGUCUGGAGCAAGCCAACAAGUGGCUGCUGAAUCCUCAGCACGACGACAAAGGCCUUGGCCAAAAGGCCAUUGCCCUUAUUAUUCACGAGGGCAAGAAGAAUCACGGGACUAUUCUCGAAGUCGCCGAGGGUCUCCCUGGAAUCCACAAGGCCGAGAUUCUGCAGCUCUGCGACGAAGUUGACAACCUGUCGCACCAGCUCAGUGAACUGUGUGCUCGUGGCGAGGGUAACAGUCCUCGUGCCCAGGAGAUCGCCCGCCAGCUCUCGCACAAGCUGAACGAGCUCAAAAACAAGAUCCAGCAAGCCGUGGUGUCGCGCGUUGUCGAGGACUUCAUCGAUAUCACCACACCGCUGAAGCAGUUCACCGAGGCAGUUUUGGCACCCGAAGGAACGCCUGGACGCGAGCAAAAUUUCAACGAUAAAACGCUCAAUUUGCAGAACUUCUCCAACAGGGCUGCCAAGACUGCUAGGAUGGUCGCAGCUGGUGGUAGCGGCGGUAACAAGAAACUCGCCGAGGCCCUGACCGCGACAGCCUCGCAGCUCGAAUCCUUGACACCGCAGCUGAUUAACGCUGGCCGAAUCCGCAUGACCUACCCUGAGAGCAAGGCUGCGGACGAGCACUUUGAGAAUCUGCGUCAGCAGUACGCCGAUACGAUACAACGCGCUAGGAGCCUCUGCGACGAGGCGACCGACAGCGCGGACUUCGUCAAGGCUUCCGAGGAGCAGAUGAAGAAGCACUCGGUGCUCUGCGAGGACGCCAUCGCCAAGAACAAUCCCCAGAAAAUGGUCGACAACACUUCGGCUAUUGCCAGGCUAGCUAAUCGAGUGAUCCUCGUCGCUAAGCAGGAGAGUGACAAUAGCGAAGACCCUGCCUUCAUCCAGAGCGUCAAUCGUGCUGCUGACGUUCUGCAAAACUGCGUGGCUCCAAUGGUCCAGGACGCCAAGGCUGUGGCAAUCAACACUAACGACGGACCGGCGGUAUCGCGCUGGCGGGACAGUAACCGAGCGUUGCUGGCAGGUGUCGGUCAAGUGAGAAAGGCCAUCACCGUGGAGCCCGAGGGCGUCUCGCCGGUACCUCCACCACCACCGAGUCUAUCUCAGCUUCGCAUCCACGACGGAGGAGAUAGUCCUGAUCAUAUGCAGAAAACUUACUUGCCGAAAGAUGAAUAUUCUAGUCACAAGUACAGUAAACCGAAAGAUAUGGCUCCACCAAGGCCGCCACUACCGAGCGGCGAGGUUCCGCCACCGAGACCGCCGCCGCCAGAGACUGACGACGAAGACGAGAUGUUCAUGCACGCUCCUCAACCUAAUCAGCCCAUUAUGAUGGCAGCUCACGGUCUGCAUCAAGAAGUCCGACAAUGGUCGAGCAAGGACAACGAGAUUAUCGCCGCAGCCAAGAAGAUGGCCAUUCUCAUGGGCAGACUGUCCGGUUUAGUAAGGGGCGAGGGCGGUAACAAACGAGACCUUAUAGCUUGCGCCAAGGCCAUCGCCGAGGCCUCGCAAGAAGUUACGAGACUCGCCAAGGAACUCGCAAGGGAGUGUACCGACAAACGUAUUCGUACGAAUCUUCUGCAAGUUUGCGAGCGUAUUCCCACUAUCGGAACGCAGCUCAAAAUCUUGUCAACUGUCAAAGCAACGAUGCUCGGCGCCCAAGAAACGCUCCCUACCUGGGAAGAGCUGAUGCUAUACGGUACGGAGGAGGACCAAGAGGCAACAGACAUGUUGGUGGGCAACGCGCAGAACCUCAUGCAAAGUGUAAAGGAGACGGUACGUGCUGCGGAAUGCGCCAGCAUCAAGAUCCGAACGGCCUCUGGUAUGAAGCUGCGCUGGGUGCGCCGACAGCCCUGGUACCAGUAUUAGGAGCAUCCCUCACCAUUGUCGUCUCAUUAUAUUAUACCGUCACCGUCGCCAUUCUCGCGUCGACUUCGUCUUGUCUUAUAUCUCACACCACGAUUUUCAUGCCAUAUUAAAGAUAGCGAUAUUUUAGAUAAUUGUUUAGGUAACGACGAGUUUUUCUCUCUUUCUCUUUUUGUUGUUUCUCUAGAGAUUCGAGACGUGGUCGGAUUUAUUGUCUUUUGACCGCUGAAUUAGUCUGCUUGUUUGGAUAUUAACAAAGCGAUAAUAGUUGAUUUUUGUAUUAGAUGCGCAGCUAUACCCUACAUAUACUCAAAGUAUAAAGUUUGGGUUAAUAAGUAUGUAGACUUAAUUUUGCGGUCGAAUGCUGGAGCUUAAUACAAAUAUACAUACAUAUAUAUAUAUAUAUAUAUAUAUAUAUAUAUAUAUAUAUAUAUAUAUAUAUAUAUAUACACCUGUCCGACUCCGUUUCGAAUUGAUUUAUGACUAAUUGUAUGAACGCGUACUAAUGCGAAAAAAUAAGGGAUACACGAGCUACGCAAUACUUAUAUGUAUACGCGCGCGGAUACAAGGUACACGCGUGUAUUUUAGCAAUAAGGUGCAAAAAUAGAAGAUUUGAUCCUUCUUCAAAUGCGCGCAAGGCCGCUAUUUUUUAUAAAUGUGCGAGCGAUAACUCAAUGCAAUCGACUAUUUAUUUUUGUAUCUCGACAAAUGUGCAAUACAAUCGAAAGUUGAAUAACCCCUCCUCUGCCAUACUAGCCUUCCCGAUAAAGAGUAAAAGAACGUUAUAUAUAUGGUGCUAAGAUAUUAGUAGGAAUCGGUCGUACAAGCAUAAUCGCAGAGACGUGUACUUGUUGUAUCGAGCUUGCCGAAACAAAAUGAGCCUUUAACUACUUACAAUAUUGACCAAUCGAGUAUCCGUCCUUUUAUAGAUCGGACUGGAGUGUUUUUAAACGUGAUUUUAUAUUUAUUGUUUAUGAAGAAAAUUGCAUAUAUUAUAACCCAUUAUAGAUACUUGUAAUGUAAUAAAGCGUUUUAAUAAAUUAAA